AUGGUAGCCGCAGCUCAACAUGUCUCAACCCCCGCAACGAAUCCGGAAUCACCACCGGCCAUUGGGAUGACCGAAGAUGAUGCGCUGAGGAAUCUCUCGGGAACCGUGCGAGAUCAGGAUGAUCUGGAACGAGAUAUUACCAUGCAGGCUAACGCGGCAAUCAUGGAGGCUGAGGAUAAAAAAGACCGAGCUCGGAUUGCCAAACUAGAGCUGGCUCGUGAGCGAUACCAGGCUCAGCUUGACACGGAGAAAAAGAAACUGGAUAAAGUUGCUGGCAACCCACGUCAGACCCGAGCCUUGCAAAUAGAGAUUGCCAGAAUCGAACAAGAGAUCAGCCAAGCUACUACGGAUAUCGGCGAUUUCGAACGGCGUAUCCAGAAGCGGCACGAAGAAGAUCCGCUACAGAGCAUGGCCCAGGCGAAGUCCAAGAGGCUUCCUGGCGAAAGCAAUCGCGACUAUCUCAUCCGAACCGGCAAGAUUACUCCGUUCUCAAAGCUAGGAGGAGCUCGUCCCGCAGGUAUAGAAGGCCAACUGGCAGACACCAUCUUGGAUGCUGAGGAGGAAGCGACUGCAAAUCAAUUAGUCGACGAGACCAGUGAGGGCCCUCUAUCUCAUCAAUUACUCCGGCGUCCUGGAUUCUCCGAAGACAUCACACCGUCCCCGGCGAGUGAAAAAAACGCAGCCGAGGCCGAGUUCUCACUUCGGCCACGAAAAAAGAGAAAGGUCGCAGGAAGGGCAGAGCGCGAACCCUCCGCUGAUUUUGAGCCCGAUGCACGUUCAAGCUCAGAAUCAGCCGACUCCGUGGUCUGGCAGCAGACAACCGAAGACGAUAUCGUUCGACAACAACGUCGCAAGGCAAAGGCUAAGAAACAGGCUGCUGAGCAAGAUUCCAUUGAUCUUAGCAAGAUUGAUGAUGGCAACGAGGCUCACUAUAAGCGGCGGCUCAAAGACUGGGUUGAUCGAAGGAGUCGAGCAAGGCGAGCCAAACGUCAAACCGAUCCUGCUGCAAGCCCUCAGGAGAGCGACGAGGAUGAAGAGGAGUGGUUCAAACCCGCGCCAGGUGUUCCCGAUCACCAUUUCACCGAGGAUCUCAAGCUACCAGGCGACGUAUACCCGUCGCUGUUUGGGUAUCAGAAAACAGGCGUGCAGUGGCUCGCGGAACUGUACAAACAAAGUGUUGGAGGAAUCAUCGGGGAUGAGAUGGGCCUUGGUAAAACCGUACAGCUUAUUGCUUUCAUCGCCGCUCUGCACUACAGCAAAAAACUGAAGAAGCCAGUCAUUGUAGUUGCUCCCGCCACGCUGCUUCGCCAGUGGGUGAGCGAGUUCCAUCGGUGGUGGCCACCGCUGCGCGUUUCUAUCCUGCAUUCUUCCGGCAGCGGAAUGCUCAACCCUUCGGUCGAAGAUGAGUAUGAUCUAGAACAUUUCAGCCCGAUGGCUGCCCGAUCAAACAAGGCUGCGAAAAGGAUCGUCCGAGGAGUGGUCCAGAAAGGUCACGUCUUGAUCACCACAUACACUGGUCUUCAGACAUAUGCCGAUGAGCUUUUGAACGUUGAAUGGGACUAUGCGGUGCUUGACGAGGGCCACAAGAUCCGAAAUCCAAAUGCCGAAAUCACCGUCACCUGCAAAGAGCUCAACACGCCAAAUCGACUUAUUUUGUCGGGAACUCCGAUUCAAAACAACCUCACCGAGCUGUGGUCGCUCUUCGACUUCAUCUACCCGAUGCGCUUGGGCACCCUCGUCAACUUCAAGCAACAGUUUGAGAUUCCCAUCCGACAAGGCGGCUAUGCAAACGCGUCCAACUUGCAAGUCAUGACUGCUGAAAAGUGCGCCGAGGCCUUGAAAGAGACCAUCAGUGAAUAUCUGCUCCAGCGAUUGAAGGUCGAUGUGGCCGCCGACCUCCCGGAAAAGACAGAGCAGGUCUUAUUCUGCAAAUUGACAGAAGGCCAGCGCAGUGCAUAUCAGACCUUUCUCCGCUCUGACGAAGUUUCUGCCAUUCUCAACAGGACACGCCAGUCGCUCUAUGGAAUUGACAUACUCCGCAAGAUUUGCAACCACCCUGAUCUCCUGGACAAGUCUCUCUCGCAAAAACCGGGCUACGAUUUCGGCAACCCAAAGAUGUCGGCAAAGCUUCAGCUUACCAAAGACCUCUUGCAAAAGGUCAUGAUUCCGAAUGGACACAAGACACUGCUGUUUUCACAAGGCAAGCAAAUGCUCAACAUCAUAGAAAAGUGCAUGAGGAAUUGUGGCAUAUCCUAUCUUCGUAUGGACGGCGAGACUCCGAUUGACCAACGACAGCCCAUGAUCGACAAGUUCAAUUCUGAUCCUAACAUUCACGUCUUCAUCAUGACAACCAGGACCGGUGGACUAGGCACGAAUCUUACUGGCGCUGAUCGUAUCAUCAUUUUUGAUCCGGACUGGAACCCGUCUACUGACCUGCAAGCGCGAGAGCGAGCAUGGAGACUCGGUCAGAACAAGCCCGUCAAGAUUUACCGGCUUAUGACGGAGGGUACGAUUGAGGAAAAGAUCUAUCAUCGCCAGAUUUUCAAGCAGUUUAUGACGAACAAGGUUCUCAAGGAUCCAAAACAGCGAAGCUCCUACGACCUCUCCGACCUGUAUGAUCUGUUUACCUUUGACGGAAACACAGACCCCGCGGCGUCAAGAAGCGAAGUCUUCAAGGGUGCGGAAGUCAAAAUGGGUGAAACCCGAGACAACACUGACGCAAAAGCUCUGGUUCCCAUUGGAAACAUGGGCCAAGAAAAACAGCAAGACGAAUUAAAGAGUUUAGAUACGGUCGCUGCAAUGGAGGACGUCAAUGAAGAUCCGUCUGCUCACGAAGAGAAGCGCAUGCUUGAGGGCAUCUUUGCGCGAUCAGUGAAUAGCGCUUACGACCACGAACAGAUUGUUAAUGGACCGCAGAAAGUAAAGGCCGAUAUAGCUAUUCUGCGCCAAGAGGCCAACAGAGUAGCCCGCGAGGCUGCUGCCCAUCUCCGGCACUCGGGAGAGGAAGCCCGUCGAGUCCCAAUUGGAACGGUCACUUGGACAGGCGAAGUUGGCACAGCCGGUCGUCCUGGCGGCAACCGUCGUCGUGGCGGUCCGAGCUCGGCCGGUGUUGUGGGCAAUCUCGCGGGUCGCCAGGGACUGGACAGCGGUAGCAGCUCUCGGUCCGGCACACCCGCAAGUGACAGGAAUAUGAAGGCGAAGGACUUCAUUCCCUUGAUCAAGGCCUUCAUCAAUCGUCACGGAGGAAAGGUCCCCAGCAAGAUGUUGGUGGACCACUUCAACCCUUACUGUCCUGGGAAGAAGCAGACCGACGAAUUCAAGACGGCGCUGGAAACGAUCGCGGUUCUGAACCGGGUCAGCAGUACUGGCAGGGGCAUGUGGUCGUUGAAGCCCCGGUUUCAAUAA